AGCUCGCGCGGGCAGCCGCUGCGCCGUCCUUGCCGCCGGGACCCCGAGAAGAGAACGCCGAAGCCGUCCUCCGCUAGCGGCCGCGGUGACAGCCCGGCGUCGGCGCGAUGAACCGCGGUGGCAGCAGCGCGGCGGCCUCGGCCAACUACCUGCUCUGCACCAACUGCCGGAAAGUGCUGCGGAAGGAUAAAAGAAUCAGAAUGUCCCAACCCCUGACAAGAGGACCAAGUGCCUUUAUUCCAGAGAAAGAAGUUAUCCAAGCAAACACGGCAGAUGAACGAACAAACUUUCUUGUGGAAGAGUACUCUACAUCCGGUCGCCUGGACAACAUCACACAGGUGAUGAGCUUACACACGCAGUACCUGGAAUCUUUCUUGAGGAGCCAGUUCUACAUGCUGCGUAUGGAUGGCCCCCUUCCCCUCCCAGAUAGGCACUACAUCGCCAUCAUGGCCGCAGCCAGACACCAGUGUUCCUACCUAAUAAACAUGCACGUGGAUGAGUUUUUAAAGACUGGAGGGAUUGCUGAGUGGCUGAACGGCUUGGAAUAUGUUCCACAAAGACUGAGAAACCUUAAUGAAAUCAACAAGCUGCUGGCACACCGGCCCUGGCUGAUCACGAAGGAGCACAUUCAGAAACUUGUCAAAACUGGAGAAAAUAAUUGGUCCUUGCCUGAGCUAGUGCACGCCGUGGUCCUCCUGGCUCACUACCACGCUUUGGCCAGCUUUGUUUUUGGUAGUGGCAUCAAUCCAGAGAGAGAUCCAGGAAUCGCCAAUGGGUUCAGACUAAUCUCGGUGAACAGCUUCUGUGUCUGUGAUCUGGCUAAUGACAACAGCAUCGAGAAUGCAUCGCUGGCGGGCAGCAACUUCGGGAUUGUGGAUUCCCUGGGUGAGCUGGAAGCCUUAAUGGAAAGAAUGAAGAGGCUUCAGGAAGACAGGGAAGAUGAAGAUACCACCCGGGAAGAAAUGACCACGUGUUUUGAGAAAGAAAAGAAAGAAAGUCUCUUUGUGGUCCCCGCAGAGGCCUUCCACUCAUUUCCUCCCUCAGAUUUUGAAGAUGACAGCAUCGUAACAGCUGAUGUUUCUCGAUACAUUGAAGACCCAGGUUUUGGGUAUGAAGACUUUGCCAGGCGAGGAGAAGAACAUUUGCCAACAUUCCGAGCCCAGGACUACACCUGGGAAAACCAUGGGUUCUCACUGGUGAACAGGCUUUACUCUGACAUUGGGCAUCUCCUGGAUGAGAAGUUUCGCAUGGUCUACAGUCUCACCUACAACACAAUGGCCACCCACGAGGAUGUGGACACCACCACACUGCGCAGAGCUUUGUUCAACUACGUUCACUGUAUGUUUGGAAUCAGGUAUGAUGACUAUGACUAUGGGGAAGUUAACCAGUUACUUGAACGGAGCCUGAAGGUUUACAUCAAGACCGUGACCUGCUACCCUGAGAGAACCACGAAGCGCAUGUACGACAGCUACUGGCGGCAGUUCACACACUCAGAGAAGGUUCACGUGAAUUUGCUUCUGAUGGAAGCGCGGAUGCAAGCUGAGCUACUUUACGCUUUGCGUGCCAUAACUCGGCACCUGACCUGAAGCACCUCCAGGAAGGUGUCAGCAUGUGUCACGGCCUGUCACACAGGACUCAAAUCAGAACUUGUCUGUGAUGCAGCCACAGCAGUUACUCAGCUCUCUAGUGUCAAAGUUUAGCUGUCGGGGUUUUUGUUUUUGUUUUGUUAUUGUUUUUAGGGUUUGGUUUGGGGGGUUGUUUGGUUGGUUGGUUGUUGUUGUUUUUUCCCCCGGCUAUAAUGUGCAAUGGUGUGUUUCAUAUUUCUUGAUGCUUAACAUCGCUAACAAUUGCAGAAGUAACCCUGACAAGCACUACUUUAUGUUGCUUAGAGUUGGAUUUUUGGAUCUGACCAUAAAUCAUGAACUGGUUUGUUAAUGUUUCACUUCAUUGCUUUGAAGUUCAUGUGUAUGUGUAUUAUUUUUCUUUACUUUAAAAAAAAAAAAAGGAAAAGUGCUUACAAUCCACUCAAACAGUUGUUUUUCAGAUAUCAAGAUUCAUCAAAGAAUGGUAGCCUCUACCGCUCUAAAAUCCCUCGUGUCCUGAGUCUGGGGAAAAGCAUGUGUUGCCGACCCAAGCUGCUCUGCGGCACGGCCUGGGUCCCCAGGAGAUCAGCAGGCACUGUGCUGUUUUUGUUUAUCCAGUUUUUUUCCUUAAACUGCUAUUGGCAAUAACGUGAAAUGUGAUACAGACACAGUCCAUAAUUUAAUGUGAAAUUAAUUAUGAUGAAUUCUAUAGCAUGCUACUGAAAUGCCAAGAUCAGCUACUUUUUUUGUCUUCUAAAACAGAGGCCCUGUUUUCCCAUGUCUGUGUGGCAGUGGACUUAGGCACAGUCCCCUGAGUCCUGG